GACCAAUUUUGUUCAAUCUACUUUUUCAGGCAUGAAUCAACUCUAGUUGCAGAAAUGCUGACUCUUCUAAUACAAAUAGUGAGUGAAAGGAGGUUUUGUGGGCUAACUACCGUUGAAUGUUUGCAAAGAGAGUUGGUAUACAAGCUCUCUAUAGGAGAUGCCACUCGUAGUCAGCUGGUGAAAUCUCUUCCUCGGGAUCUUUCGAAAAUUGGUAAACUUGAGGAGAUAUUGGAAACAAUUGCAGAAUAUUCCCGUCCAUCUGGCAUGUCUCAGGGAAUGUAUAAAUUGCGAUCUGCAUAUUGGAAAGAUCUCGAUUUAUAUCAUCCUCGCUGGAACUCGAGAGACCUACAGGCUGCGGAAGAAAGAUACUUUCGAUUUUGUAAUGUUUCUGCAUUGACAACUCAGCUUCCUAAAUGGACAAAGAUUUAUUACCCUCUCAGGGGAAUAUCUCAAAUAGCUACUUGUAAAACACUCCUUCAAAUUGUCCGUGCCAUUCUUUUCUAUGCUGUUUUCACUGAUGAACUCACACCUUCUCGGGCUCCCGACCGAGUUCUUUUGAAUGCCCUGCAUUUACUGGCACUAGCCCUGGAUGUCUGUCAAGUACAGAAGGAAUAUGGUGACCUAUUAUGUUAUUCAAAUGAUGUGAUUCCAUUUUUGGCUUUUGCCAACGAAGAAAUAUGCAUGAAUAAGUUCGGUGAUCAGAGUAUGUUGUCACUUCUUGUCUUGUUGAUGAGGAUGCAUGAGAAAGAAAAUGCCGAGAACUUCACGGAACCUGGCAAUUUCUGUCUCUCAUCUUUAAUACUGAAUCUACUCAAGAAGUUUGCAGAGCUUGAACCUGGAUGCAUGACCUCAUUGCAUAAACUCGAACCUGAAUUAGCAUAUCAACUUUCAGUAUCCAUUCAUCGUGGUAAUACUAAUGACAUGGCAUCAUCUUCUGAUAGCGAAAAGCGCAAAACAAAGGCUCGAGAAAGACAAGCUGCUAUAUUGGUGAGAAGUUAUUUUUGCUUUAAAAUGGUUGCUGGUUAUGCUAAAAGAGAAAAUAGGAUUCCCUGUUUAAUUUUGGCAUGAUUUAUUUUCCAAAUU